AUGGUCUCACGCGUUGUUAACCUCGGCCUCAGAGGCCUGGAGUUCCUCUUCACCCUCAUCGUCAUGGCCCUCAUCGGCGCCAUGAUCGCUCAGGCGUCGUCAGGCAAUCCCGCCACAGUCAACUACAAUAUAUUCGUGGCCGUCUUCGGCAUGCUGUCGCUCUUCUACCUCAUCCCAGCCGCAUUCAACGACAGCUUCCAAGGCCAUGCGCUGAUCCCCACCGCCCUCGACCUUCUGAACUCGCUCUUCUUCUUCGCCGGUGCUACCGCAUUGGCUGCUGGCCUUGGUGUUCACUCGUGCAGCAACAGCGAGGCUCAGGCUGCUACCGCCUUCCUCUACUUUGCGUGGGCCUGCUGGACCGCCUCAGCCGUCUUCAGCUUCCUCGGCGCUCGCGGCAGCGGUGUCAACAUGAGGGCUCCCGGAAUCCGCAAGGGUAGGCCAGUCAUGUCCCAGGUCUAA